AUGCAGGGUUUCAACGGCGUCUCGGCCUACGAGGCGGUAGAGGUGAUGGUGGUUGACCGCGGAACUCAGACAGUGUCGACAGUGGGAACGCAGACGGACCCGCUGCCAAUGCCCUACGGCGCCUACUAUCCCGGACCCUUCGCACCGUCGCCGUACACAGGAAUUGGCCCGUACAUCAGAUGGAUGCCGCCAAGUCUGCCACUACCACGCUACAGCAUCGGCGUGGAUGACCAGCCAUUUCGGCACCACCACCAUGACUACGAGCAGCGGGAGGCGGCGGAAGCUGCCAAGCUACGCGGCGAGCUCGAGAUGGUUCAGAACACCAUUGAUAUGCUGAUCACUCGUUACAAUCUCCCGCCGCCGCCAACGUAG